UGACAGGCGCGGCCUCCUUUCCUCCCGCCGCUGCCGCUCUCCCGCGCCGCCCGGUGCCCGAGCUGCCCGCGGGCUGGGUCCCCGCGGCCCAAGCCGCCCCGGCCGGGCCCCCAAACGAGGCCGAGAUGACUUCCAAGGAGGACAGCAAGGCGGCGCCGGGGGAGGAGCGGCGGCGCAGCCCGCUGGACCACCUGCCGCCACCCGCCAACUCCAACAAGCCGCUUACGCCGUUCAGCAUCGAGGACAUCCUCAAUAAGCCGUCUGUGCGGAGAAGUUACUCGCUGUGCGGGGCGGCGCACCUGCUGGCGGCCGCUGAUAAGCACGCGCCGGGCGGCUUGCCCCUGGCGGGCCGCGCGCUGCUCUCGCAAACCUCGCCGCUGUGCGCACUGGAGGAGCUCGCCAGCAAGACCUUUAAGGGGCUGGAGGUCAGCGUCCUGCAGGCAGCCGAAGGCCGAGACGGGAUGACCAUCUUUGGGCAACGGCAGACCCCCAAGAAGCGGCGAAAGUCGCGCACGGCCUUCACCAACCACCAGAUCUACGAGUUGGAGAAGCGCUUCCUCUAUCAGAAGUACCUGUCCCCUGCCGAUCGCGACCAAAUCGCGCAGCAGCUGGGCCUCACCAACGCUCAGGUCAUCACCUGGUUUCAGAAUCGGCGCGCCAAGCUCAAGCGGGACCUGGAGGAGAUGAAGGCCGACGUGGAGUCCGCCAAGAAACUGGGCCCCAGCGGGCAGAUGGACAUCGUGGCGCUGGCCGAACUGGAGCAGAACUCGGAGGCUGCAGGCGGUGGUGGCGGCGGCUGUGGCAGGGCCAAGUCGAGGCCUGGCUCUCCGACACUCCCUCCAGGCGUUCCGCAGGCCCCAGGCGCCGGGCCCCUGCAGCUCUCGCCCGCUUCCCCGCUCACGGACCAGCCAGCCAGCAGCCAGGACUGCUCGGAGGACGAGGAAGACGAGGAGAUCGACGUGGACGAUUGAGUGGAGCCCAGAAUCUUCCGCCGCCCCGGGCCCCUGGAGCCCGUAGGCCUGCAGCCUACCGGACCGGACCGCUGAGGGGAGCUGGGACCUCCUCUGCAACUCCCGCGUUCUCCCCUCUCCCAGGCCCGGACUCGGCUUCCAGCAGCCGCCUCUUCCCUCUCGAAGCAAUAAACCCGGCUGGCCGGCGGGGCCGGCCACUGCGCACGGCCUCCGCCGCCUCCGGAGCCCUCGCCGUGCAAUUCUGUAUGGCUUCUGUAUAAAUAUUUAAACCUAUAUAGCGGGUUCUUCCCA